GUUGUGUUUUAAAUUGUUGCUUUUACAAUUAACACAAGCAUUGUAUAUUAAGAAAUGGCGAUGGAUUUGGAUCGAAAUGAUCCUGAGGUACGAUUAUCACAAUUUCUAUAUGUUGGAAAAGAAUAUCCUGAUUAUCAACCUGGAAACUGGUUUGUUCAUAAUUACUUUUUGACUAAAAAUGUCCCAUCCAUUGAAGAGUUAGCUGAGAAUACAGACAAACAAUUAUUACCAAUUCAGAUUAUUACAAAGGCAUUUGAAAGUAAUCUUGUUCCACAUCCAGAAACACUGGUAUUUGCUCUAGCUGUUUGCUGUAGGCAAAUGAAAAGUGAAAAUUUACGUCAAGCAGCAUAUGCAGCCUUAAACAAAAUUUGUGUAUCUCCACAACAUUUUAUUUUAUUUAUAAAAUUUGCUUCUCAAAUAAGUAAACAAAAAGAACUUGAUGCAACUGGUACUUCUAAACAUGGAUGGGGUCAAGGUUUAAGAAAAGCUGUAAAUAAUUGGUAUUUAUCAAAAACUCCAAUGGAAUUAGCAAAGUGUGUUACAAGGUAUAAAGGCAGAUAUGGUUGGAAACAUAAAGAUAUCAUAAAAUUGUCUCAUCCUGUACCCAAUAAUUCUGGAGGAGAAUUGGUUCUUAAAUACAUAAUGCGUGGUUUGGAAGAAAUUAAAAAAUUAUAUGGAGAAGAUUCCACACUUACAGAAAUUCUAGAAUAUAUUGAACAUGUUGAAGAUUUUAAACACUGUACAGACGAAAUUCGUGCAGCAGGUCUUUUGGAAAUGUACAAAUUAACAUUAGAUCAUGUACCUGGCCACUUACUGAGAUCUAAAGAGGUUUGGAAUGCAUUAAUACCAUCAAUGAACUUAGUUAUGCUUUUGACCAAUCUGCAAAGAAUUCAUAAUCUUGAGUUAUUGAAACCAAAUUCACCAACAAUUUCAAAAAUAACAGAUCAAAUACUUAAUGAAGAAACUAUUGCCAGAGACAAAGUUCAUCCAGCUUUAGUAUUAGUUACAAUAAGAGACUAUGAAAAUUCUGGAAAGCCACUGACAUAUGAAAAAAGAAAGAUUAAAGAACAGUUUGACAGACCAUUGCCAGUUCCACCUAAACCAAAUUCUAAAAUCAUUGAUGCUCUCUAUAAAAUGUUGAAUCUUUCAUUUAUUCAUAUUCAACCCACUGGUUUACGUUACAUGGUAACAAUAAAUAUGAACAAAGUAAUGAUAGAAACACAUACUUGGCGCAGUGGUAAUGUGAAUGGUGCAGAAGCAGGGUGCAUGAUUGCACUUGCACUUCUUCGAAGUGAGAAGAACGUCACCGUUGCAACGUUUAAGAACGUUGGAAUUCAUACUGUAAAUAUUGAUAAAACGGCUUCUUUUGGUCAGGCUAUGAGAAGAUUACAACAAAUGCCCGUUGGAAACGUAAAUUUGGGUAAAGCAAUGUCAUGGGCUGCUCAUCAGAACAAUAAAUACGAUGUAUUUAUUAACAUUGUAGAUCAAAUAUUUGAAAAAUCUGAUACUUCUGAAGCAGCUCUUCAAGCAUAUAAAACAAAACUCAAACUUCCAGAUACAAAAUUAAUAAAUUGUGCUGUAUGUUCUUCGUCAACCUAUCGCAAGGAGAAGAGCGAUAAAAGCAUUUUGACAAUUAAUGGUUUUGACGCUAGUGUUCCUGUCGUUAUACAGGCUUUUGCAAAAUCUCUCUUUUAAUUACUGCAUGCAUAGCAAUUCUUUAUUUGGCAAGCAGUACUAGCUGAUGAAU